ACGACUAUCUCAACGAGCUGCUAUAAUUAUUUAACUAAUUCAAUAUAUGUUAUGGCAACUGUGUUACAAUAACUUCUAUGGACCUGUUUUACACACGUCAUUUCCCCUGGUCUUGUUGGUGUAUAUUCCUCGGGCAAAAUACCGAUGUUUUAAUAUCUGUUUUGAUAGUAGCAUGUCCCAUUUGAUUUUAAACUAAUGCCAUAUUAUGUUUGAGUGUGCUAGGGAUCCUUGGUGCAAUGGCUGACUCGCAGACAGGGGCGGCUCCGUCAAUUGACGCUGUAGGCGCUGACGAAGUAGCUCACAUUGAUGUUUCCAAGUCUAUUGGUGAUGUGCGAGUUGUUUUGAAGGGCCUUUCUCGCAUAAAAUCAUCUGUUAUUUAUCAAGAUUUAAUUGGUCUAAAAAGCGCAUCUACAUUAGAGGAGCUAUUCAGACGUCUUGAUGAUACUCACGGGCACUUGAAUAAGUUGGGUUUAUUCAAGUCUGUUGUUUCCAAUGUUGAUCGUGGGCCUACUCCUGGUGACAUCGACGUGGUAUUUCAAUUUGAGGAGAAGACCCCGUCUUAUUCAUUAGGUGUGACUACUAAUCAGAGGGCUGAGGCAAAUAUCGAACUAAAGGGCGAAGUGCCUGGAAUAUUUGGCACGUGUAAUUCCGCUUCACUUCAGCUGAAUAAUGCUGGUUAUGGAUCACAGCAAAUCGCUGGAUCUUAUUAUAUGCCUCGGAAUUUUGGAUUGUCCAACUUCACUAGCGUAUUUCAAGUGUUUGCAUCGCAAAGGGAUUUAAGCAACUAUUCUUCAUUUCAUACAACAACCAAAGGGUUAUCGUUUACAUUGUCUGACGUUUCUAAGCGCCAUCAGUUAGCUUGGGAAGCUUCGGUUAAUGACCUCUACCCAGUGUUCAACGAACGUCGGCGGGCUUCUGAGACAGUCCUUCGUCAUGCUGGUCGGUCUCUAAAAAACGCAUUUUCAUAUUUAUUCCUUCUUGACGAACUUAGGGGCGAAGGUAUACCUACUAGUGGUCAAUGCACGCAAUUCAAAUUUGAAGCGGGACUAUCUGGAGGUGAUCGCCAAUUUUUCAAGUUUGAUUAUGGCAUGUUAUACGCUCGCCAUAUUCUUGAUAAGUAUAUCAUGCAUUUGAAUCUUUCUAUGGGUUACAUUAGACCUUUUGGUAACCUUAGGAACGGUAUAAGUCUACUUGACCGUUUCCACUUCACUGCUAAUGGUGGUGCCGGUACGGCGUUCCGUGGUUUUGGCUUCCAUGGCAUCGGUCCAUGUGACCAGGGUUCGAUUUUCAACGAUGAGAAGGGUUGUUGGCAGCAAAUGUCAGAGCAUACAGGUGGUGACUGCUAUGGUAACAUACAACUAGCUCUUCACUGUCCUAUUGAAUAUAGCAACUACAAGUUCCCUUUAGCAUUUUGCUUUUUAAACGUGGGUUCACUAACAUCUAGGGAAGAGCGGCAGCCUAGAGAGAGCGUCUAUGGUCAUUUGCUUCGCAGUACGCGCGUUUCACUGGGUGCUGGCAUGAGCAUGUCUGUUGCUCCUGGCUGCUGGUUAGAAGCCUUUGUUGCGCAUCCGAUACUAUAUUCGCCAACGGACACCAUAAGCAGGCUGCAAAUGGGUCUAAGGUUCAAACACAGUAUGAUGGAAUGAAUUAAUGGCAUUAUAGAUAAAGUAACUUUAUGUCUGAAGGAAUACAUAUUUUUGUGUAAAUAGAUAUUCAACAUUGU